GCGAUAUUGGUGCCUGCAUAGGGCGGUGCUUGCUAGUUCCUCCACACCCCAAUUUGUGGAUAACAAGGCACAAUGCUGGAGAGUGCAAGGAGCUGGUGUUGAGAGCAGUGGGUGGAGAGGAGCAGCGGAGACACGCCGCGAGGGUAUGGGUGGAGAUAUGGAGUGCAACAUAUGGCGGGCAUGGGGAAUGGAGAGUGUGGAGGGGGGCCGACCAAGGGAGGGAAGGGGGGGGAGGGAAGUUGGCGGGCAGGGGAAGACGAUCCGCAAGACUUUGAAGUGCGACAAGUGCUGCUGGCUGCUGGCGUGUGGGUGCAGAGCAGAUCACGUGGGACAGGGAGGGAGGAGGGAAGAGCUUGGAGUGGUGGGUCAUGGGGGCAGUGGAUGCAAGCCGCAAGAACCAUGGCGUGUGGAGGAGCGGCUUUCAGAGGGGGUAUUGGGGUAA